GACAUGAAAACGGACGCAUGCACGCAAGCGCAGGAACACAUACAUUUCUUGGCAGUGGUUCAGCAUAUACAGUAUUAUCUCGAACUCCAGCAGAAGCGGCGAGCUGUGCGGUUUCUGUUUUUUCUUUCGUUCUACAGCUAGUUCGCCAGCAGCCGGUACAGCCAACCUUGUGCUCCUCCUUCUCGCCUUUUUUUCUCUGAGAAACAUGGCAGAGUUUCUUCCCAAGUUAAAUCAUGUUUUUAAAUUUGGCUGGCAGCUGCUAAAAUCCAGCACUUCCUCCCUUCCUCGCAAGUCACAACGCCUUUCGUCCGCGACUCCACGCCACUAUUCUCACGGCCAGCCGUCGUUCGGGCUCCUCUUCGACAUCGAUGGGGUUCUGGUGCGAGGAAGGACACCGAUUCCCGCUGCGAAGCAGUGCUUCAGGAAUCUGGUCGACGGGAACGGGAAGUACCGGGUUCCGGUGGUCUUUGUGACAAAUGCUGGGAACUGCAUGAGACAGACCAAAGCGGAGCAGUUGUCCCACUUGCUGGAGGUUGAGGUGUCUCCAGACCAGGUCAUGCUAUCCCACAGUCCCUUGCGGAUGUUCAGCCAUUUCCACAGGAAGUGUGUCCUGGUGUCGGGGCAGGGUCCUGUGACAGAAGUGGCCCACAAUUUGGGCUUCCACAACGUGGUGACUAUCGACAUGCUGAGGGAGGCCUACCCGCUGCUGGAUGUGGUCGACCAUAAUCGUAGACCAAAAGAUGUGCUGCCUCCUACCAGGGAACUACCUCUCAUUGAAGCGGUGAUUCUGUUUGGGGAGCCAAUCCGAUGGGAGACAAACCUGCAGCUGAUUGUAGAUGUUCUUCUGACCAACGGACAGCCAGGGAACCCCGUGAGCUCACUGCAUUACCCUCACAUUCCUGUGCUGGCUUGCAACAUGGAUCUCAUGUGGAUGGCAGAGGCCAAAAACCCCAGGUUUGGUCACGGCAUGUUUCUAGUGUGUUUGGAGAACAUCUACAAGAAGAUCACUGGUCAUGAAUUGAAGUAUGAAGCCUUGAUUGGGAAGCCCAGCGUGAUCACAUACAACUAUGCAGAGCUGCUAGUCCGCCAGCAGGCUGAGAGUUUGGGUUGGGCUGAGCCUGUCGAGAGGCUUUAUGCCAUUGGGGACAACCCCAUGGCAGACAUUUAUGGCGCCAACUUAUACAACCGUUACCUGCAGGCGUCACAGGAGACCCGAGCACAGGCCCAGGUGAAAGGGGGCGUGACUGAGGUGACAGAGGCAUGGCAGGGGCUGUGCCUAGGGACCCCCCACGAUGUAGGCUGUCUUCCAGAGGCCUGCUUGUCCAUCCUCGUAUGCACUGGCGUCUACAGCAGGGACGAGCAGGACCUGCCUUCAGACCCCCAGCAGACAGUGACGGAGCGCAUCUUCCACGGCCAUCGCGACUUCCGCUUUGACCCCAGCCUGACCCAGCCCUCCUUCGUUGUGCAGGAUGUCCGUGAAGCUGUGGAGCUCAUAUUCCAGCAGGAGGGUUGCCCGCUGGAAUAGAGAUACUCAGCAAGUUGUUUUUGCUUUUCCCCAGAGAACCCAUGUUUGUCUCCACAAACACAGCUACCACAGAGAUGGCUGAGGAAGGUCUUCAGCUAGUCUCCUAGUUGGAACACCACUGAGCUUUCAAUGUGAAAUUCUCCUUGGGGAAAUCUGAAAGCCUUGCUGCUUUUUAAGCUAUUUUACUCAUGGUUUGUUAUUAGAAUGUUAUGCUAAGCCUACUAAAACUUGUUUUAAGCAACAUACUUUUUAUGAAAAUUUUACACCAUUUUCUAUUUUUAUUAGUGAAAAAG